AACAUAAAAAGAAAGCAAAAAAGAAGGAAGGGGAGCCUCCUAUCAUAUGGAAAAGGAGGUCUAUUUUUUUUAGGCUUCCAUAUUGGAAGGAUUUAAUGUUACGACAUAAUUUAGAUGUCAUGCAUAUCGAGAAGAAUGUGUGUGAUAACAUUGUCAACACCCUCCUAGGCAUUCAACGGAAGUCCAAGGAUAACUUGAAAUAUCGUUUGGAUCUUCAGUCCCUAGGCAUUCGAACUGAGCUUCAUCCUAUUCCAGUGGGUGACAAGUUAUAUUUACCACCAGCAUCAUAUACAAUGAGUGCAUCUGAGAAGACGUUAUUUUGUGAGGUAUUGAAAGGAGUAAAAUUUCCAGAUGGAUAUGCAUCAGAUAUAAGAAACAAUGUGGAUGUGAAGGAGAAGAAGCUUGUUGGGCUAAAGAGCCAUGAUAACCAUGUUCUGUUACAGUAUUUACUCCCACUUGCUGUGAGAAGGAUUUUACCAGAAAUAGUUAGUGCUGCACUGAUUCGUGUGAGCAAUUUUUUCAAGCAAAUCUAUUCGCCAGUUAUUCGUAUAAGCGAUAUGCAUAAGCUAGAGUCAGAAAUAGCUGAGACUCUAAGCAUUCUUGAGACUAUAUUCUUGCCAUCCUUUUUUGAUAUUAUGGUACACUUAAUGGUUCAUCUCCCUACUCAAGUCAGAAUUGCUGGCCCUGUUCAAUUUCGUAAUAUGUACCCAGUGGAGAGGUUUUUAAUGAGAUGUAAGGGCCAUGUUCGCACUAGGAGUCACCCAGAAGGGUCAAUUGCAGAAAGUUAUCUAUUUGAUGAGAGUCUCACAUUCUGUUCUCGCUAUUUACAUUGUGAAACUAGAUUUAACCGGAAAAAAAGAAAUGAUGAUGGCUUGGAUGUUGAUUUAAUCAAUACCACCCCUUUCUUCCAUAACAUAGGUCGUGGAUUGGUUGGUAAGCGUAGUGUCACAUUAGACCACAAAACAUGGCUUCAAGCACAUAGAUAUGUCUUGUUCAACUAUGACCAUAUAGAGCCUUACUUGAAGUAAGUUGAACAUUAUAUUUUAUAAUCAAUAUCAU